UUCAUUCGCUGAGGAGCGGCUAAGCUACCCGGCCAGCCAGUGCACUGCAGCAGCGGAGCCGUUGGCACUAUGGGCGACCUUUCGGUUAUUUCUCAGGUCGGAUUUUGACAGGAAAACACCGGGAACAUGACGGAAAGGCUGGAGUGGGUGGAGAUCAUCGAGCCGCGCACGCGGGAGCGCAUGUACGCCAACCUGCUGACGGGCGAGUGCGUGUGGGACCCGCCGCAGGGCGUGCGCAUCAAGCGCUCGGGCGACGACCAGUGGUGGGAGCUGUUCGACCCCAACACGUCCAGGUUCUACUACUACAGCGCCGCGUCCCAGCGCACCGUGUGGCACCGGCCCCACGACUGCGACAUCAUCCCCCUGGCUAAGCUGCAGACGCUCAAGCAGACCUCCGAUUCGCCUCCGCCGCCGCUCAGUCGCCACGGCAGCACCUCCUCCUCGCUGGAGCAGGAGGCACCCAACGCCAAUGUCAACGUCAACGCUGGGGGGAAGGAGGAGAGAGAGAGGACAUCGCCUUACUGCUGGAACACUGGGACGAAGGACCGUAUGCUUAUCAAGGUGAAGGACCACGAGCCCAGCUUUCUGACACACCAAGGCAAUGGCGUUACCCUCUGCGAGGGUUCAGGGCCGCCCUCCCGUGCCCGCCAUUCCUCGGGGAACAUGGCCCCCGACCCCGACGGCUCACCUGCCGUUCACUCCCCCUUUCUGAAGCGGCCAGAGCUGGCCGGCUCGCCGCUGCUGGGUAGCGAUGGUGUGACCUAUCGCCGGCCGUCCGCUGAUUCGCAGCCGCCCUCCCCCCGUUAUGGCUAUGAGCCCCCGCUUUACGAGGAGCCACCGUCUGAGUACCACCCCCCCAUCUACGAAGAGCCGCCGGCGGACGCGGCGUGCCAACACACCGGCGAGCAUCCCGCGUCCUCCCCUGGCCGGGGAAAGCCCUCCUCCCUAUUCCACUCACCCAAGCAGAGCCCUUCGCCCUAUCAGCAGCUGGUUCUGACCCGGCAGCACGGUCCGGACAAACCCCAGAACCUGGAGUACAGCCCGGUUGGCAGGGAGUACGUCAAGCAGCUUGUCUAUGUGGAGCAGUCGGGAUCCAGCCCGCGGUUCCGCACGGCUGACAGGCUGCUCAGGUACCAGCCCGGUGGGUCUGGUGGCGCCCCCUAUGGGGGGUCCUGCACCCUGCAACAUGCCCAGUCUUUGGUGCGUGACCCACGGGCCGUAGCCGAAAAAGCCGGGCAGCGCUUCGUCUACGAGGACCCGGCCGCCCCCCCCCGCAGCCCGGCAUCACCGGGCAAUGGUGCAGGUGGCAACGGCGGCGGAAACCGCAAGCGCAAGACACGCAACCUGUCGCAGGAGUCGGCGCCCGGCGGUGGUGGCGACACAGAGGCGAUGUUGGCGCAGGCGCGCCUGGCCUGGGAGGCGCAGCAGGUGCAGCAGAUGCGGCAGCGCGGCAGCUGGGAUGCCGGCCGGGCCCCAGGCACACCCCUGAGCACCACGCCGCAAAGCGCCAAAGACGGGUACGAGAGCGACGGGGCGGCGCCGGCGCCCCUGCCUGGGCCCGUGGUGCGGGCCUUCAGUGAGGACGAGGCGCUGGCCCAGCACGACGGGCACCCCUGGAAACGCAGCGCCUUCGAGAGGCUGGGCUUUCCUCAGGCGCUGCUGGAGAAGAGCCUGUCUGUGCAGACGAACCUGGCCUCCCCCGAGCCCUACCUUCACCCCUCACAGUCGGAGGACCUUGGGGCGUGCGCCCAGUUCGAAGCCAGCCGAAACGCCCGCAACCUGAUCCCCAGCGCCAGCUGCGGGGUCUUCCCGGAAUUCUGCUUGCGCAAGCCAUCCUCCGAGACCGACAUCGAGAACUGGGCGUCCAAGCACUUCAAUAAGCACACGCAGGGACUGUUCCGGCGUAAGGUCUCCAUCGCCAACAUGCUGGCAUGGAGCAGCGAGCCCAUCAAGAAGCCCAUGAUCGUCACGUCGGACCGCUCCGUGAAGAAGGAGGCCGUGGAGAUCUUCAAGCUCAUCCAGAUGUACAUGGGUGACCGGCGCACCAAGCUGGAACCGCUGAGUGUGGCGCUGGAGAUCGUGGUGCGCGGCUGGAGCUGCCAGGGCCUCCGCGACGAGCUCUACAUCCAGCUGUGCCGGCAGACCACGGAGAACUUCCGCUACGACAGCCUGGAGCGCGGCUGGGAGCUGAUGGCCAUCUGCCUGGCCUUCUUCCCCCCAACACCCAAGUUCCACUCCUACCUAGAAGGAUACAUCUACCGGCACAUGGACCCNGAGGAGAGAGAGAGGACAUCGCCUUACUGCUGGAACACUGGGACGAAGGACCGUAUGCUUAUCAAGGUGAAGGACCACGAGCCCAGCUUUCUGACACACCAAGGCAAUGGCGUUACCCUCUGCGAGGGUUCAGGGCCGCCCUCCCGUGCCCGCCAUUCCUCGGGGAACAUGGCCCCCGACCCCGACGGCUCACCUGCCGUUCACUCCCCCUUUCUGAAGCGGCCAGAGCUGGCCGGCUCGCCGCUGCUGGGUAGCGAUGGUGUGACCUAUCGCCGGCCGUCCGCUGAUUCGCAGCCGCCCUCCCCCCGUUAUGGCUAUGAGCCCCCGCUUUACGAGGAGCCACCGUCUGAGUACCACCCCCCCAUCUACGAAGAGCCGCCGGCGGACGCGGCGUGCCAACACACCGGCGAGCAUCCCGCGUCCUCCCCUGGCCGGGGAAAGCCCUCCUCCCUAUUCCACUCACCCAAGCAGAGCCCUUCGCCCUAUCAGCAGCUGGUUCUGACCCGGCAGCACGGUCCGGACAAACCCCAGAACCUGGAGUACAGCCCGGUUGGCAGGGAGUACGUCAAGCAGCUUGUCUAUGUGGAGCAGUCGGGAUCCAGCCCGCGGUUCCGCACGGCUGACAGGCUGCUCAGGUACCAGCCCGGUGGGUCUGGUGGCGCCCCCUAUGGGGGGUCCUGCACCCUGCAACAUGCCCAGUCUUUGGUGCGUGACCCACGGGCCGUAGCCGAAAAAGCCGGGCAGCGCUUCGUCUACGAGGACCCGGCCGCCCCCCCCGACAGCCCGGCAUCACCGGGCAAUGGUGCAGGUGGCAACGGCGGCGGAAACCGCAAGCGCAAGACACGCAACCUGUCGCAGGAGUCGGCGCCCGGCGGUGGUGGCGACACAGAGGCGAUGUUGGCGCAGGCGCGCCUGGCCUGGGAGGCGCAGCAGGUGCAGCAGAUGCGGCAGCGCGGCAGCUGGGAUGCCGGCCGGGCCCCAGGCACACCCCUGAGCACCACGCCGCAAAGCGCCAAAGACGGGUACGAGAGCGACGGGGCGGCGCCGGCGCCCCUGCCUGGGCCCGUGGUGCGGGCCUUCAGUGAGGACGAGGCGCUGGCCCAGCACGACGGGCACCCCUGGAAACGCAGCGCCUUCGAGAGGCUGGGCUUUCCUCAGGCGCUGCUGGAGAAGAGCCUGUCUGUGCAGACGAACCUGGCCUCCCCCGAGCCCUACCUUCACCCCUCACAGUCGGAGGACCUUGGGGCGUGCGCCCAGUUCGAAGCCAGCCGAAACGCCCGCAACCUGAUCCCCAGCGCCAGCUGCGGGGUCUUCCCGGAAUUCUGCUUGCGCAAGCCAUCCUCCGAGACCGACAUCGAGAACUGGGCGUCCAAGCACUUCAAUAAGCACACGCAGGGACUGUUCCGGCGUAAGGUCUCCAUCGCCAACAUGCUGGCAUGGAGCAGCGAGCCCAUCAAGAAGCCCAUGAUCGUCACGUCGGACCGCUCCGUGAAGAAGGAGGCCGUGGAGAUCUUCAAGCUCAUCCAGAUGUACAUGGGUGACCGGCGCACCAAGCUGGAACCGCUGAGUGUGGCGCUGGAGAUCGUGGUGCGCGGCUGGAGCUGCCAGGGCCUCCGCGACGAGCUCUACAUCCAGCUGUGCCGGCAGACCACGGAGAACUUCCGCUACGACAGCCUGGAGCGCGGCUGGGAGCUGAUGGCCAUCUGCCUGGCCUUCUUCCCCCCAACACCCAAGUUCCACUCCUACCUAGAAGGAUACAUCUACCGGCACAUGGACCCACUCAACGACACUAAGGGUGUGGCCAUAAGCAGCUAUGCUAAGUACUGUCACCGGAAGCUGCAGAAGGCGGGCCUGACCGGAGCCAAAAAGGGCCUGCAGAAGCCCAGCUUGGAGGAGAUCAUUUAUGCCCACGUCGCCAUCUUCAGCCCCUCCAUGUUCGGCAGCACACUGGCGGAAGUCAUGGCUCUACAGAGGGAGCGCUACCCUGACCGGCAGCUGCCCUGGGUGCAGACACGCCUCUCUGAGGAGGUUCUGGUGCUCAACGGGGACCAAACCGAGGGCAUCUUCAGAGUUCCUGGUGACAUAGAUGAGGUCAACGCUCUGAAACUCCAGGUGGACCAGUGGAGGGUCCCCACAGGGCUCGAGGACCCCCAUGUUCCAGCCUCCCUGCUGAAACUGUGGUACCGUGAACUGGAGGAGCCCCUGAUCCCCCACGAGUUCUACGAUGAGUGCAUCUCGAACUACGACGAUGCAGAGGCUGCUGUCAACCUGGUGUUGAACCUGCCCCACAUCAACAAGAUGGUGCUGUGCUACCUGAUCCGCUUCCUGCAGGUGUUCGCACAGCCCGCCAAUGUCUCCAUCACCAAGAUGGACAUCAGCAACCUGGCCAUGGUCAUGGCCCCCAACUGCCUGCGCUGCCAGUCGGACGACCCACGGGUCAUCUUUGAGAACACACGCAAGGAGAUGUCCUUCAUCCGCGUGCUGAUCCAAAGGCUGGACACUAGCUUCAUGGAUGGGGUGCUAUAGUCACCAGUGGACCCUAGGGGGCACCGUACACCCGCCCUCCUGAGAGCUGUCCUGUAGGGUCAAGGUGCUGCAGGGUAACACACACAUUCACACAGAUGCACGCAUACCUCGAAUACUCCGCCAAAAGGGAAUUCACGUACACACGUCCACACACAUCAUCACGUUCAAACACACAUAAACGGACGCACAGAAAUGGAAGACGCACCAAGAACACACAAACUCACAGUACAGCCAAAACCCAGGUAACGGUUUUCAACUUUACAGACAUUGCAGACACACACACACGGACAAAACGUAUUCACUCUUACAUCUCACACAUCAUGCAUUUAACUUAAGGCAGGUUUUGUCCAAUUAUUCCUUCAUGAUAUACAUAAUUUACAUGUAUUGGCCAGAGUUCAUCUUACCCAGUCUCAAACUGAGAGCAAGUCUCAGAUUUUCUUUUGCUAAACUGAAGUAGAAAAUUGUAGUGAGGAACACAGAGAUGUAUAAAACAGCCGUUCUUCAAUUUUAAUAACAAGGGAGUGCUCUGUGUCGCUAGUCAGAAAGUCACCUGCAAUAAUGCAUGCCAGCCAACACAAACACACCUGCACUAAACAUACUUUAUCAGCGGCAGACACGUACAGACGGAUGUUUACACUGUUAAGGAUACAUGGCCACUGAUAGGAAUGUGCGUGAAUAGAAUACACACACACGGCACCACGCUCAUAGAGACAUACACAAGGGCGAGUCAGAAAGAGUGCUGUAUUUCGAUGGGCAAACGUACAGGCACAUUUCUAGACGCCUCAGAACGGGGGCCUUCCUUCCAAAACACUGGGCUUCCUUGCUGCCCAGCAGCGUAGCCAGGGCUGUAUUCCUAGAAAUUGCCAAAUGAAGACAAAGUCUGCCCAGCUCACCCUCUACUGCGUGAACCUGCAGUCACAUGGGUGACCGUAACCAGACCAUCACUGACCACUUGCAUACCUUGUUUGUUCUGUUGAUACUCUUUGCCUCUAUUUCUCCUUGAAUCAGGAUGUCUGGUUUUUGCAGUCUGCCACCUUGAUUUCUUUUCCUUUCCCAUGCUCAUUACGUCGGCGAGCCGGCAUUGUCUCUCUACUACAUUCCAUCCAUCUCCAUUCGAAGUAGCCAAAACUGCCACGACCCUCAGAGAUCUUCAGCCGCUGGAUUUGCAACAUUCCCGUGGUUUCGCCGCAGUCGCCGUAAAACCCAGGAAAAACAUCCAGCGAGGACACUGUGCCAAUCACCGCAACACAAUCACAAGCAUCGGACGUGACCUCCCGGCCUGAUUGGCCGAGUGGUUGCCCAGGGUUACCGGACCACGGAAGCUUCAGAUGUACAGUAGUAUUGAAAAUGAGGUGCGGAUCAGCCUGACGUGGCUGCUCUGCUCUCCAGCUCGUCUUGCUAGUGAUUCUCCAUCCACAGGACUGUAUCCUUACCCCACUGCCUGCCAUCUCCGGCUCAGUCAGGAAUAAACCACACUGACUCUGUCUCCCUCAUGAGGAAGACCCUGUAACCGCCAGUGGAACUCUCUGUGAGAAUACCCCCCCGCCCCCAGCCAUGUGAAAUCAGUCCAGGUGACACACUGAUGUGUGUAUUAGCCACACUGCUGUCCCGCUCAUUCGUAUGUGAGCGUGUGAUAGAAUUUAUCUGCUUGUUAUCUGUUACGCUAACAGAAUUUAUGUCUUUAACCUGUUGUUUUAUUUAAUUUAUUUGUAUUUAUUUAAAUUGGAUUUUUAAAUGUUUUUUUUUUUAAUGUGUAAGUAGUGAUAGUGUGUGAGAGUGAAGAUGCUUAUACAUUAACAGCUCUUUGCGAGAGCGAAGGGUGAAUUUAUGUUGCGUAUCGUGAUUCUGAACAUCUUCAGGGCAUGAGUUCAGAGAUUAUAGUGAAGGUUUGGGUUCCGCCAGGGGCCUGAGGGAAAUGUUCGUUCCGAGGCUCUUUCAUGGGUCGUGCCUUCAAAUAUCAGCCAUGAAGGUGGACUGUCCCAAUACAGGCAUACUGGCAGGGUUGUAAACUUUCAUAAGCAGGUCAUCUGUACCCUGCUCAGAAUUUUUGGUGACAGCCAAUCAGAUGAACAUGAUAGUACAUAAUUCAAAAAUAAGAUUGCAGUUAGUUAUGCAACAACCUUGGUGCAUUUGGGUGAGAAAAUGGGCAUCAAGGCGGAUCCUGUUACCCAAAGCUCUCCUCUGGGAUGGAGAGAGAGCCCAACAGCAGGAGGUUAAUGUCUUUCUGCUAUCCAUAUCUAACGUGUCAAUCCUCUGAGAUUAACCAGCCAUAGGGGCUGGAGUGGAGGAUGAAGCUCAGUAACACUAACACUCAAAAGUAUGCACGCACACACGCAAAGGAUUAGUGUGGGAUAUGACACCCUUAAAGUGCGGAUAUUUGAACCCUGAAUCAGAGUCUGAAUAGUCACACCACUGACCAUUGGUUGGUUUGAGUGAUGCUUGAGCCAAUCAGAAUUGAGUAUGCUGAAUGGUCAUUAGAGAGAGCAUUAUUAAAUUUGACAGUGCUGUUAUAUGAGUGUCUGUUCAGAGAUAUAUAUGCAGACUAACAUGAUUCUAACAUGCUUUGGCUGGAUUUAGCCUCCUGCAUUGCUCCAAUGAGGGAUGUUUGGCAAGGUAAAUUUAGUUCUUUUACUACAUGUGAACUACGAACUGGAAAGAAAUAUAAAGGGAUUAAAAAGCUGUUGCUGUUCAUUAAUUUUACAUUUUGAACGGUUUUUCAGAUGUAUGUUUCAUAUUUUUUAUUGUUAUUACUGUUCUUUUAAAACUGUUACACAGUUGCUGCUGAUAUUCCGCAGAGAGUUCAUUUUCAUGCUGGCUAAAUAUCAGUCCAACUAAUAGUCAUGGUACUGCCCACGUCAUUUCAAGUGUCACACGCUCUUAGAGAUAAUAACUUGGGUGAGGAAACAGGACAUUGUUUAAUAAACUAUAGAAAUGCA